CGGCUAUUCCUAAAUACAAUUCGCAAUGCCUUCCGAGAAGAUAGAAUCUCUACGACGCGAGAUCCAUAACCGACGCCUGACGAACACCGCCGGAGAAGAGUUCGUACCGGACAAAUGGCUAUCCGACCUCCUGACCGAAGAGAGAAUUCUCGACGCUCUAGAGGCACUUGACGACAGCAUCAUCGACAAGGACGAGUGUCCACAAGUCGCCCGAGAUAUCUGGAAAUUCGGGCUCAAAACAUUCGCCAUCUUUCUCACCAUGGGGAAGCCCGACCUCGUCUACCGUUUCUUCCAAACCGACCAAUUUGACAAGGAUACGUGUGGCCUUCUGGACAGGCGCCUCCCCAUGGAGGAAGCGAAGCUAGAGCACGCGCUGGGCUUGACGCACAUCCGAGAGGACAUCAAUAAUUUGGUGGAAGACGCUAAGCAGAAGGGCGUGGUGCUCGACAGCAACCCCAAUUUCAAGCGGUUGAAGGAACAGGAGGCGGAGUGCAUUGAUCUAUGCCAAAGAUUCAUGUCGAUCCAGGACGUGUUCUUGAGUCCAACAUUCCCCCAGGGGCCGCUUCACCGCUUAUUGCUAGACUCGACGAGACUACCCUUCGUUUCGAAUUCGGAGCAUCGCGAGACGGCAGACGCGGGAGCAGCACAGCAGCCACAAGGGGCAUUUGGCAAAGUGAGCAUGGAGGCGCUUCCUCAGCGGUGUUACGGGGAUAAGCGAGGGAUGGUCGUUGUUCGAAAGGAAUUGAAAUCACAGGGUAAAGAAGCCUACAGAGGCGAGCUCCGCUGCUUGCGACUCUUGGCUGCUGCUCGCCACCCCAGCCUCCUCGAGCUGUACGGUUCGUAUACGUACCACACGAAGCACAAUUUCCUAUUCCAUGAAGCGGUCCAGGGCGAUCUCCACGACCUGUUAGAAGCAGAACGGCGGCUUCCCGAGUUCCAGCAUGACGACGCCUUCUACCUUGCCUUCUGCGGCUUGGCAUCGGCGUUGGAACAGGUCCACUGCUAUGCCAACGACGAUCUGAAGUUGAAGAUGAUCGGCUGCCACCACGACCUCAAGCCUCGGAACGUGCUCGUGGACGGGGGGCGCUUCAUCCUCGCCGACUUCGGGCUCGCGACCAUGACGGACGAGCGUGUGGACCCCACAACCUUGGCUCAAGACCGCGACCUGUACUUCGCCGCGCCCGAGAACAUCGACUACGUCAACAGCAUCAGACGGCCGGUAGGACCGCCGGGCGACAUCUGGUCGCUGGGCUGCAUCCUCGCCGAGGUCCACACCUUCAUGCGGGGUGGGCGCGAUGCCGUGCGAGACUUCAGACUUAGUCGAGCAUUCGAUCAGGACUUCGGCGACAUGAUCAUGACCAUCAAAGCUUUUCAUGACGGCCUCGGAAACCUAAAUCCGGCGACCGUCCGCCACCUAGACGAAAUGAAAGCGACUAUUCGAGCCGAGGCCGAAGCGAGGGCUGCCCAUAGACGGCAGCAUAUACCCGAACUCGGCCUCAUCCGGCUCGUGCGGGAGAUGCUCACCAUUAACGACUUGGCUCGUCCCGACAUCAAAAAGAUCCUCCAGCGUCUUCGCUGUGUCACGUUGCAGAAAAAAUCAGAACCCGUUUGCGACGAGCUAUUGGUCUCGCCACACUCCAAGAACGUCGAGUUCAUCAUCGAGCGACAGGUCUUCCGCGAGUGGCUCGGCCGCCUGGAAGAGGUAGGACAGAGGGGCCAGCUGUACCUGCCCUCCGAUGCGGCCUUCAAUCAGGCCUGCAACACCAUAGACGCCCUGCUCGACGAGCUCCGCCGCCUCUCCCAGGACGACCUCGAGUCCCCGCUCUUCUCGCAGCUCCGCCGGCUCAACGAGCAGCUACUGUCGUGCCUCGACGUGGCCGGCCGUCUCUCCAUCCGGCGAGAUGUCGAGCGCAACGCCAUCCCCAUCGCUCGCGAGCUGGCCCGCGAGUCGGGACUGCCCGCCACCUCCGUGUCCGAGACCGCGCUGCUCGCUUCGGGCCCCAACGCCAGCAUACUCCGGCUCCUCGCUGUGGCCCAGGUGAACGCACGGAUGCGUCAGGAGGGCGACCAGGCCGUCCCCAGGUUAAAGAGCACCGACGUUACGCUCCUCGAUCCGCCCAAGGUCGCCGAUGCAGCGACGACAUUCCGGCUAGGCACGUUGAAACAAGACGGAGGCGCCGUCGAGAUUCCUGUCGUCGUCGAAGAAAUGACCAUCGAGGCCAAGCACGCGGAGCCCAAGGAUAGCGACCGCCUCUUCAAGCGGCUGAAGAAUGUCCUCGUCCUCGGCGCCACUGAUACCCUCCCGGACUUCCGUGCCCUGAGCUGUAGCGGCAUCUACUUUGACAUGGACAAGGAGCUGAUUGGCAUAACCUACAAGUAUCCUACCAACGUCAGCAGCAGCGACAGCUCGACACGCGUCGCCAGUCUCGCUCAGCUGCUGAGUGAGCAGCCCCAUACGGUCGACUAUGAGCGCAAUCUCGUGGUCGGCCUCGACGACCGCGUGCGGCUGGCGCGCGAUCUUGCCCUCGCCGUUUCCAAUUUCCACCACAUCGGCUGGAUGCACAAGAACCUCUCGUCGCAUACGGUGCUUUUUUUCCUCGACGCCACUCCUUCCUCCGGGGCCCCAACCUCGCCGCGCCCGCCGCCACGCCGCCUGGCCCUCUCGGCGCCCGCCCUUAUCGGCUUCUCGCACAGCCGCCAGAGUGACGAGACGCUGAUGUCCAGCAAGCGCUACCACACCUCGACCGAGUUGCGCGCGUACCACCAUCCCAAGUAUGCGGGCGAGGGCGGCGGGGGGGACCGCGACCCCUACCGUGCCGAGUUCGACUACUACAGCCUCGGUCUGGUGCUGCUGGAGCUGGGGCACUGGUGGCCACUGCGCAAAAUCGUGCAGGACCGACGCGACCGCGCCGCCAUGAGGAAGUACUUGCUCCAGCGGUCGGUGCCAUUCCUGGCGGGGGCCAUGGGCGAGGCUUAUGCGAGCGCCACGGAAGCCUGUCUUUCCGGCGACCUGGAGAAGGGGUCGGUGGAGGGGCGCUUUAGUAGGUUGGUGAUUGCGCCCUUGGAGGAGCUAUUGGGCAAUGGGGUGGGGAUGUGAAAUUUACAAGCCUUUGUUACAUUAGAAAAAGAAAAGAAAAAACGGCAAACCAAAAGUAGCCACGAAAUGAUGGAACCUUUACAAGUUCAACGAACACAACGGUCAAACACAUACGAUCAUACCCACUGGAAUAUAC